GUCGCUUCCCCUUAUUCAACAAAAUGGAUGUUGUUUUGUAGCUCAUGCACGGCCGUGUACUUCAACCGGUUUCUUUUUCUAUUAUUUUUGUGCAAGGACUCUCCAAGUGUUGCUGUUCUUGUGACCUGUGGUACGCUAUGGGUCUCAGCUUCCAUGGCGGGCAACAUUUUAAACCGUUUAUUUCGCCUCAGUUUCCCGGACUGCACUCGAGAGGCUCUAACUUUUCUGACCUCGUUCAUCUCUCAAGACUGCCCAACCCUCACUGGCGUAAAUGCCAACACAGAGCAGAUCAUUGUGGAAAUAUGUCAAGAGUUUGUGCUCUUCAAGUCUCUUAGAGGCCCACAGAAGAAACUGACCUCUGUCCAAGAGCUUCACCUUCUGGACAUGCUAUGUUCCUGCUUCUCAGAGGCGCCAGAAAAGAGCAAGUACCGUAUCUUUAACCUGAUGUUUGGGGCGCGGGGAGAGUCAGGAGUUAAUCUACUGCUGACAAAGCUAGUGUCUCUGGCCUUGUCAGUGCGCUGUGCCCCUGUUUUGUUCUGCGCAGCUAUCUGGAUGCAAGAACGAGACAGUCUGAGUCCUGAUGUGAAAGGGUUAACCCAGAGGCUUGUUAGUGACUACUGCCAGUUGUACCCAGAUCCGUCCAGUGUAUUUUCUUCUCUCCCCUCAAUCUGUGCCCUGUUUGCCUGUAACUUCAUCACGUCAGCAACCUCGCUCUACUCGUUUGCUGGGGCUGACAGCUUGCCUCCUCUUUCCCUUCUCCAAUAUGUGAGUGACUGGGUCCACAAAGACAACACACUGUGCUGUGAAUCGUUACGCCAGGCAGCCAUACACAGUGCGUACACCACUCCCGUGCCUGGGCUGACUGGCUGGUGCGUCAGGGGUCCUCUUGUGUGCUGUCAGCUCAAGACAGCCACUGCCUCCUCCACAGACUCUUUAUCAGCCUCAUCGUCCUCUUCAUCUUCUUCCUCUUCGUCAUUAUCAUCAUCGACAAUAAGUGCGCCCCAUUUGGAAGCAUUGCUCCAGUGUCUGGACAAACUGCACCUUGCCCUCCUCCAGUCUAUCGCCUUCACAGCUUGCGUCCAGCUCUCCCCCGGACUCAUCAGCACCAGCGACCUGGCACACAUCGCACACACGCUCCAGGUGGUGUGUUCCCCGCAGCCCAGCGCAUUGGAAGAGCAGGCAUGUAGCUUAGCUCUAGAGAGGCUGGCACAGAUCCUGCAGGUGGCCUCCAGCACCAGCACUUACAUUUCAGACAUGAGUAAAAUAAAAGAGAUGGAGUCCCUUUCCAAACACAAACUACCCCACAACAGACUUCUUUCAAUGGUCUUGAGCACUCAGAGGAAACUAGGAGGAAAGUCCUACCCAAAGAUGAUCACAAGUUAGCAGUUAGUUUGCCCUGUUUUUGAUAGAUAAUAUGGUUGGAAGUUUGUCACUUAAAAGAAUGCUCUUUAUGGAAUGUGAAACAUUAGUAUUCUGUACACUUACAAAAAUGACCAAUGGCAAGGCUUGUCUUGUUUGAUAAUGUUACAUUUUAUUUCAUUAUGAAAAGGAAAAUUAUUAGCAAUGUUUUGUCUCUCAGAAAUUAGUUAUUUUAUUUUUUGGUGAGAAAGAUGUUGGUCAAGUAAACAACAAAUAAGUUGCAAUUUUCUAAGACGAAUCCAUGGAAUUUUACAUAGUUGUAGAUAAUACUUGUAUAUUGUCAGCAAGCUGUUAAAAUGUACUAAGCCCAGAAAGCAUAAUUUUAUUUGAGAGAGAAAUGACUUGUUUCAUUCUUUUAACAGUUGUACCUACGUCAUGUAUCUUUAUCUUUUUUUUUUUUCAUUGUUUAGAAUUUGAAUUUCAACAGAAUAUUUCAUGAACACUUGCAACUGAUAUCAGAUUGAGAAACUGCAAUAGAAGGAAAAAAUGAGAAAAAAUUUUAGUUCGAUACGUUUUAACAGCUGGCCGACGAUACAUUCGAGACAUAAUCAUCAAUCCUUGAGGUAAAUUUUUAAUUAUGAUUCACCUCCUAUGAAAAUAAGUUUAUGUUGCUGAGAAAGAUCAAAGUGAAGAUUUCUGUCCUUGAUUUGAACAUAUUCUUUUGUUUAUCUGAACACAAUCAUGCGCUGUAUAUAUCAAUUUAAACCCAGACUAGAUUGUAUGAGAUCACCUGAAGGUUUUAUCAUGGCUUGUCUUGAUACUUUACUUUAUUUAGUGCAAUGACAGAUAUGUUUUGGAUUUUGCUGCACUAGAGACCAUGUUUUUAUGGCCUUUUGCAUCUUGGAAGAUAAUUGUAAAGCAGCAUAGCUGCCAACCAGUGCAUAAGAAACAUUUAGUAAGUUUUGAGGGGUCUGAGUCUGUAAAUAUGUUUUUGUGUCAGAAAUGUGUAUUCUAUUUUCGAGUAUUUCUCCUCAAGGGUUUGCCGAUGCUGAAGAAAAAUUAUGAACUUUCAAAACAGGAUUUGAGAAUAAUAAUGAGACCUAAGCCCAGAAGUCAGUUGGAGAGAUGUUUACUAAACAUUUCUGAUAUUAUUGUGGCUAGUCUGCUUGAAAAAGUUUGAGUUCAAUGCACCACAGAAAAGUGUCCUCAGAAAAGUGUGUGAGAAGGGCUUUGGUUCCUUGUCCAAUGCCUACCAUCUUGACCCACAAUGCAUAAAGAGUCGGAAGGGGGGGGGGGGGGAUUUUGAAAGUUGGCAGUCAUGAAGUAGUAUGCAUGAUAUAGCUUUGCCUGGGUUGUAGACAAAGAGGAAGUUGAUUGCCAAGUACUGCCUCCCUCCCUUCAGCUCUUGACUUCCUUGAUAUGCUCUAAGGGAGAGACAUUGUCAAUACUUUUGAAAUCAAGGAAAUUUUAUGGGUUUGUCUUACUAUUUUUCCAGGUGUGACAGGGAUUUUUAUUUUUAACUGUUCUUUUUUCUGAUAAAUUAAAUGGUAGGAAAUUUGGAAUUUUGCCAUGUAGGGAACAAAUAAAGAUUUCAAGUACAAGGUCCAUUUAGCUAAUAAUCAAGUUUAUGUAGAGUUGCACAUAAAGGUCAGGGCUAUUAGUGUACAUUUUGUUCAACUGAAACUGGUUUUCAGUUCUUGUUUCCCAAAGAAGUGAUCGAGUGAGUGUAUGAUGUUCAAUGAAAUGGUGCUCAAAUGCUUUUUGUCUUGAGUGGAGUGUGCUGUGCAAAUGUUUUGAAGUGUGUAUGGCCACGAGACUGCCUCUGAAUGGAACCUGUAUACUAGUUAUUCCUGAUUGUGUGCUCAUACUGCAGCUAUGUUGAAUGAUGGUGAGUGGUUAUGCGCGUCCUUGUCCUAGCGUUGUUUGUAUGGAUGGGAAUGCAGUAUUAUUUCUCCUGGAAGUUUUUGUUUUUUUGUUUUGUCUUUUCAGCACACUCUUUUCUUUAGAGCAACAGAAGUGUUAAAAGUCUCUAGUUUUUGUGUCCAGUUUUGUCCUGAAAGUUCCCAGUCUUUUUCAGGAUGUGCUCAUUAGUCUCAGAUCUGACUGGAGUUCUUGUUGGUUCUGAUUUUGCUUAUGAAUUCAAAGUAAAAUGUGAAAACAUUUACUUAAGUAAGAGUUAUUCAAAGUAAAAAAAAUGUUAGAAUAUUUUAAGUAUAAGUUCUUUGACCAGUAACCACUACUGGGAAGUUCUUCUUCUUUACUCUAUCUUUUCUUUCUUUUCUCUGUCCUAAAUGACUGACUCAGGCGAAAGAAUUAUUUGUAUAAUGGUUACAUGUGGAGUCUGAUUAAAAGAGUGUCAAAUUAU